AUGGCCGCAAUCCCCAUCGGUAUCGCAUUCACCAUCUCCGAAGGAGGUGUCGCAAUCCUCGGCCCAACUCUAAACCUUCUUGGAAGGGCAGCCAUCGGCGCAGCUGUGGGAGUAGCCGGAAAUGCCAUAGUCAACAAGAUGAAAGAAGCGGGAGAAGAAAAAGAUGACGAUGAUGGUAAAGUUGGCAAGGAAAACGAACCCGCAAAGGCGCCUGGAAAGCCCAAGAAAGAAGAUGGGUUCGAACCCCCAAAGGGGAAAUCAGAUAGUGGUAUGAAAGCACCAUCUAGCGGUGGGAAGAAAGGGUGGCCGGAUAAGAAAGGAAACAUUUGGAAGCCGUCGGGACCUACAAAUGGGGAUGGAAGUCGGGGGCCUCAUGGCGGGCCGCACUGGGAUGUUGAAGAUCCGGAUGGGAAUCAUUGGAAUGUUUAUCCUGGGGGUCGUAUCAGGUACUGA